AUGGAUGUGUUAGAUGUGAUGAUACAAGAAAAGCCAGUGGUGAUUUUCAGCAAGAGUUCUUGCUGCAUGAGCCACUCCAUCAAGUCGCUUAUACGUGGAUUUGGAGCAAAUCCAACAGUUUAUGAGCUCGACAGGAUUCCAAAUGGACAACAAAUUGAAAGGGCACUAGUGCAGCUGGGGUUUGGACAGAGCGUACCUGCUGUGUUCAUAGGCCAACGGCUGGUUGGUAAUGAAAGGCAGGUGAUGAGCCUCCACGUCCAGAACCAGCUAGUCCCAUUGCUUAUACAAGCCGGUGCUAUUUGGAUUUAG